GGCGGAAGUAAUUGGGGAGUGAGGCGAACGGGAGGGGGCGGUUCCCGUUCCAUCGCGGAGCCGGAUGUUUGCCGAGCCUUGACAGGCGUGGCAGAGAGAAUAGUGCCCGAGCGCGGUUUCUCUUCAGGUUCCAUAGGGUGAGGCUGUGGGGACAGGACUGGCAUGGAUCCUCUCUCAGAACUGCAGGAUGACCUGGCCUUGGAUGACACCAGCCAGGCUCUGAACCAACUGAAGCUGACCUCCAUCGAUGAGAAGAACUGGCCCUCGGAUGAAAUGCCGGACUUUUCCAAGUCAGAUGACUCCAAAAGCAGCUCUCCAGAACCUGUCACACACCUGAAGUGGGAUGACCCUUACUAUGACAUCGCACGGCACCAGAUCGUGGAGGUGGCAGGAGACGACAAGUAUGGGCGGAAGAUCAUUGUGUUCAGUGCCUGUCGAAUGCCCCCCAGCCACCAGCUGGACCACAGCAAACUCCUGGGGUACCUGAAACACACCCUGGACCAGUAUGUGGAGAGUGACUACACACUGCUCUAUUUGCACCAUGGCCUGACCAGCGAAAACAAGCCUUCCCUCAGCUGGCUCCGGGACGCCUACCGGGAGUUUGACCGCAAGUACAAGAAGAACAUCAAGGCCCUGUACAUCGUGCACCCCACCAUGUUCAUCAAAACCUUGCUCAUCCUCUUCAAGCCCCUCAUCAGCUUCAAGUUUGGCCGGAAGAUCUUCUACGUGAACUACCUGAGUGAACUGAGUGAGCAUGUGAAGCUGGAACAGCUGGGGAUCCCUCGCCAAGUGCUCAAGUAUGAUGACUUCAUCAAAUCCACACAGAAGACCCCCGCGACCGCCCCCAAGCCCAUGCCACCAAGGCCGCCCCUGCCCAACCAGCAAUUUGGGGUCUCGCUGCAGCACCUCCAGGAGAAGAACCCAGAGCAGGACCCCAUCCCGGUUGUGCUCAGGGAGACCGUGGCCUACUUACAGGCCCACGCUCUCAGCACCGAGGGGAUUUUCCGGAGGUCAGCCAACACCCAAGUUGUCCGGGAAGUGCAGCAGAAGUACAACAUGGGGCUGCCUGUGGACUUCGACCAGUACAAUGAGCUGCACCUGCCAGCGGUCAUCCUCAAGACCUUCCUUCGGGAGCUCCCUGAGCCUCUACUAACCUUUGACCUCUACCCCCACGUGGUGGGCUUCCUCAACAUUGAUGAGAGUCAGAGGGUGGAGGUGACACUGCAGGUCCUCCAGACACUGCCUGAGGAGAACUACCAGGUGCUUCAUUUCCUGACUGCCUUCCUGGUGCAGAUUUCUGCCCACAGUGACCAGAAUAAGAUGACCAACACUAACCUGGCUGUUGUCUUCGGUCCUAACCUGCUAUGGGCCAAGGAUGCUGCCAUCACCCUCAAGGCCAUUAAUCCCAUCAACACCUUCACCAAGUUCCUCCUGGAUCACCAAGGGGAGUUGUUCCCUAGUGCAGACCCCAGAGGGCUCUGAGUCCAGGCCUCCCUCCCCCAUCAGUUCCCUUCUCUGGUAGCCCCAUGUGGACUCUUCCUGGCAUCAGCCUUACAGGACCCCGGGGCUCCUGCCCAGGAAGGGGCCACGAAGCCCCUGGAGGUAGACGCUGGAGCUGCCAACCAGACAGCUUCCCCUCCCCUUCUGUGAAGCCCGCCUCACUGGCCCUGGUGGUCUCACUGUUACCAUAAGACAUUUUUCUUCGCCUUAUACUUCUCACUGCCUCUCUGGAUCCCUGGUUCCUGCUGGGCUUGCCAGAGCCGGGCCUGGCUCUUCCAGCUGGAGGAGGGCUGAACCCCAGUAACCCCUCUCCUUUUUCUGCCUCUGCCUCACUGGCUGCUGGGGAUAACAAAAUCACUGCCACCUGAUUGCAGGGGAAGUGAACAUCUGAACCUCUCUGUACCCACCCCACCCCUUCGCCACCACUACACCGAGGCGCCUCCCUGUCUGGGUCUGUUGCCCUGCUUUUUAGAAGUCCACAGCUGUGAAGGCUUGAAUGUUAGCACCCUGCUCCCGUCCCACCCUGUCCACUCAGCCUUGGGGAUUUCCAUAGUUGAAGAAGGAAUGACAAGGCUGGAGCCUGCUUCCUCUUUGCCUCCCC